CCUGUCUUUGCUCGCUGCCCGAAAAGAACAUACAGAAACACACUUUCUCGUUUCACACUUAUAGAAAGAGAAAGAAGUGGGAGAUAAAAGAGAGAACACUAGAGGGUGAGAAAGAAGAAAGAAAAAUCGGAGAGAUAAUGGCUCCGAACAACGAUAGAUGCAAAUGGAGUUCCAUUUUCAUGCUUCUUCUUAGUCUAUCCCUCGCCGUCUCAGUCGCCGUCGCCACCGACAAGGCUCCUCUGGUAGAAGAUGGUUUGGUGAUAAACGGCGACUUCGAAACGUCACCGUCAAGUGGCUUCCCUGACGACGGAGCAGUUGAUGGCCCCGGCGAGAUUCCAAGCUGGAAAUCCAACGGCACGGUGGAGCUAAUCAACUCCGGUCAGAAACAAGGAGGGAUGAUCCUCAUCGUCCCACAAGGCCGUCACGCCGUACGAUUAGGCAACGACGCAGAGAUCAGCCAAGAACUGACUGUGGAGAAAGGUUUUGUCUAUUCAGUCACGUUCAGCGCCGCUCGCACGUGCGCUCAGCUCGAGUCCAUAAACGUGUCGGUGGCGUCAGUGAACGCAAACGAGGGUGACACGUUAGCGUCACGAGAUGUGGAUUUGCAGACCCUGUACAACGUUCAGGGGUGGGACCCAUACGCGUGGGCGUUUGAAGCCGAAGAGGAUCAUGUUCGGUUGGUUUUCAAGAACCCUGGCAUGGAGGAUGACCCCACUUGUGGGCCCAUUAUUGACGACAUUGCUAUCAAGAAGCUCUUCACUCCUGAAAAGCCCAAAGAUAACGCUGUUAUAAAUGGAGAUUUUGAAGAAGGUCCAUGGAUGUUCAGGAACACGUCACUUGGUGUCUUACUGCCAACGAAUCUCGACGAAGAAACUUCGUCUCUUCCGGGUUGGACUGUUGAAUCGAACCGGGCGGUCCGGUUCGUGGACUCGGAUCACUUCUCUGUUCCAGGGGGCAAACGAGCCGUGGAGCUUCUCUCAGGGAAAGAAGGGAUUAUUUCGCAAAUGGUCGAGACCAAAGCAGAUAAGCCAUACUUAUUAUCCUUCUCCCUCGGCCACGCAGGUGAUAAAUGCAAGGAGCCAUUAGCUAUAAUGACAUUCGCAGGAGAUCAGGCGCAGAACUUUCACUACAUGGCGCAAGCAAACUCCACUUUCGAGAAGGUCGGUUUGAAUUUCACGGCCAAGGCUGACCGAACCAGAGUUGCGUUCUACAGCGUUUAUUACAACACGAGGACUGAUGAUAUGAGCUCUUUAUGCGGGCCUGUAAUCGAUGACGUCAGAGUUUGGUUCGCCGGGUCGAAGAAAAUCGGAGCUGGUUUUGGGUUUGGAGUUUCGGUUUUUGUUCUUCUGGUUAUCGGUUUAGUUUAGUAAGUCGGGAUUUAAAUUUCCCGGUUUCCACUCAUGUUAUUGUAAAACCAAGAAUUCUUCCAGGAUUUUGUAUGUUUAUCUAUCCGGUUAAGCUUACUAGAAAUUCGAAAGUUUUCAUU